GAUUAUACUUGAUCUUUCUAUUGACAAAAUUACUAGUCUAUAUGAAUUAACUAUAGCGGAUAUCGCGACAGCCGCUUAACGUUAAUGCGCAAACGUUUCAUUGGCCGUUCUUUCCGGCGGAAUUUGUUCAAACUAUCAAUUGACUUUGUUAUCACGAUCAUGCCGAAAAAAAGAACAACCCGAGUGAAUAGACGGGCGAAGCCUAAAGCUCCAGGUGGAGAUUUACCAGAUAAUCUUGAACUUGAAGACAAACGAAGAAAGCUAAAUGUAUUUCUUCAAGAUUUCGAAAUAGAAGUGAAGAACAGACUACAAGCAUAUGAAAAGGAAAAGGGAAGAUUACAGAAAAUAAUAGAAAAGGAGAUUGAGCUACAGCUGAGUGCACUGCCACAGGAAAUAAGGAAUAUGAAUAUCAUGGAUUUUGUUGCUGCUGGUGGCACAGUGAAAGAUGCCUGGAUGAAACUUGAAGAGAAGAAAGAUCUGGUGACACAGAUGGAGGCAGACAUCCACAGAGAACAUCUCACCCAAGGUUUUACUUCAAGUAAAAAGUUUGCGGGCAAGAAUUCACAAAGAGGUAGAGGUCCUGUGGAAAGAACCAACAUGCCUCCUCCUUCUGCAACACUGUCUUCCCUGAAACAAUCCAGGUUCCGGACUCCAUUGAAUAAAAAUCUGCAGCAUACUGCCUGGGAAACACUGGCAGUCACACCAAAGUUUGACAUCAAUUUACCAUUUACACCAGGCACAGCACGAGCACCACGCAAUGGAGAGAGAUUCAUGUCUUUAGCAGGCAGUCCAAUAGAAAUCAGCACUAACCAAAGAACAGUCAGAGCACAAAAAUACAGCAAAAUCGAGGAAGAAGACAACAUUGAAAGUGCUGUUAGUAAACUAGCAGUUGAAGUACCAGACUUGGCGAAAGCUGACAUCCGCAGGGUUCUAACUCUUUACACAGCUGCUAAGAUGGCUUCUGAAUGAAAAAGAUUUUUGCACACUAUUGAGACAAAUUCUGUGACGUACUAAACCCUCCUUCAGUUCAGUUUAAUACCUCACAACAAUGAACAAAUGUACCCGAGAGAUGACACCUCUGGAUUUACAACACACAGGAGAAAGUGCUUAGGUUCCUGCUGCCUCGGAGUAAUUCUGAAAAUCUACUUUUGCUAUCAUAGUGAGGAAUACUAUAAAAAAGCAUGUCCACUUAUUUCUAUGGGUAGCAAGUCCAUCACAUGGUGUAGCAUUUAAUUCAUUUCUGUACAGACUGUAUUCUCUGAAAACUGGUUUAUUGGUUGUUCUUGUAUCUAUAUUAGAUCACAACAGAGUUGAUUGCAUAUGCCUGAAUGGCACCAUGAAUGAGGUAGAACCAACACUUGUAUUGAAGCCAGCAAAAGUCUGAAAAACAUGAUCGGUGAUCAUAUUUUUCAAGAUAAAAUUUAUUCUCUUAAGAUGUUGGAUUCUUGUUUGCAUGUGAAACUACUGUUCAGGGUGCAUUUUGAUAGAUUGGAAAAACAGUUAUGGAGAAGUAAAUUCAAAACAUCCAAUGCUUUGCAUACAUAAGUAUUCAGCUUACUUUAGUGACUUCAAAAGCUUGUGUUCCUAACAUGGUUCCUAUAGUGAGGGAAUAAUUAGCUGCAUGAUGAAACACCAUGUAAAUAUCUCUUUAAGGACCAGUCAUUUGAUUCAUGUACAUAACAUUUAAACAGGAAAAAAGUUAAUAAAUGGACAAAUUAAAAGGACUGGAUGGAUUUGUUUACUUACUCUAUGGUAUUUAAAUAUGAAUAAAAUAGACAAUAUUUUGU